CGUCAGCUUUGUCUUGUAAUGAUGCAAUCCCGCGCCUUGCCACACGAGAGCGUUUUUUGAUUCACCAAACCGAUUUGGUGCAAUGGGCUUGUCUGGUUUUUCUUAUUUCCUCUGUGGACCUGAUUUGUGCUUCUAUGAUUAUAAUUCAGGAAACAUUCUGAUAUCAUGGUACGUAUCUUUGUUAUUUUUGCUGCCAUAAACUAGUAUUUCUCCUAUUUUUUCUGCAUAGCUUGUUAUAAUUAUGUUAUAUUGCGUAGUCACACCACAAAUAAUGCGCACUGAAGAUUGAUGCUUUGUGUCAUGCAGAAACCUUCACAUCAACCAAUUACCUGACAGUGCGCACUAAAUGCGAAGAGAAAAUACACACAUCAGGCAAGUGCGUUGAGCCCUCCCAUAAUUUCAAUUGGUUGAGAUACACGUCAUUCAAGUGAGGGCUCUUCUUACGAGAGGUGGAAUUGGACCAAACACCUUGCAGUGGCUUCUUGUCCAUUCAGAAAAGAGGCUGUCGGCGCAGACAUGGUGGAGUAGGCUACAUCCCUGAAGGACUAUGCCCGAAUAACAUCUGGUUUAAAAUAAGGUAGCGGAUAUUGGAAUAUCGAAAGACGGAGGUUACUUCAUGGAGAGCUGAUACUAACAUGUGGUGGUUUCCCUUAAUUAUGUUUACAUCCCCGACGUUUCCAAUCAUCUUAUUUGUAUGUAUCGGGUUAUCUGAGGCGGCACCACGCAUAAUUUCCAACAAUGCGUUCUCUAUCGUACGAAAUAAUCGUGAAGUCUCCGACACCGUUUUGGGGCGACUGAACAGCAGCGAUCGGACCUACCUAUCGGAUGCGAAUUCAGGUCGUUUUCGAUUUUCCGGGCUCACCCCAGCCCCUACCAUAUUAUCUACUGGUUCAUCGUCGUCACAUGUCGCCAGGACAACAGUUACUACCGUUGAGCCCCCAACCACAGACCUCACCACACCAUCAGUCUCAGUUACCCAGACGGUAGGUGAGCUACCUGCCGUCUUUGACCGACAAAUAUCUGGCCGGAGAUCAGCUGACUCGGUGCCCUUUCUUGCACCACAAUCAAAAACACUGCAGAAGUCGCAGGGAAACAGUGAGAGAUCUCCACUUAUACCUGCAUCGGAGAAUUCUCAAGAACUGGUGUGUAACUGCAGUGGGGAGGGUGUGCAGGACCCCGAGGACUGUGACCCCUCCACAGGCCAGUGUCUGUGCCUGCCAGGCUACGCUGGACUGCAGUGUGAGGUGUGCGAGGACGCCCACUUCACCAACGGCACCAGCGGCUGUCUGCCCUGCGGCUGUGACUCCUUCGGUGCCAUCAACGAACUCUGUGACAGCGCUGGAUCAUGUGUGUGUAAGACUGGUGUGUACGGGCCCAAGUGUGACGACUGCCAUCCGGGCUACUUCCAUUUCAGCAGUACGGGAUGCCAGCCCUGCGAGUGCAACAACCACACCGUACACUGCCACCCUCAGUCAGGUGGCUGCCUGGACUGUCAGGGUAACACACAGGGCCAGAACUGCGAGGAGUGUGUGCCUGGGUCCUACCGCCGACCUGGAGAGGGGGUAAGGGACGCUUGCCUGCCGUGUCCCUGCUCCAACCGCACCUCCUCUGGAAGCUGCCAUGUUGACUCCACCGGGCGUGCAGUGUGUGACAAGUGUAAAGCCGGCUUUGCUGGUGCCACCUGUGACCUCUGCACCGACGGCUUCUACCGCUCGGGUGGGGUGUGUGUUCGCUGCGAGUGUAACGGGAACGCGGACCCUCGCUCUGCGCCGCGACUGUGCCACCUAGACACCGGGCACUGCCUGAGCUGCGCCAACAACACGGCCGGACAGCACUGCGAGCUCUGUGCCCCUGGCUACACCGGCGACGCCAGCACACACAACUGCACUCUCAAGGUGCGAGUCCUUCCUGUCCUAGAGUUGACGACCCACGCCAAACCUAGCCAGCCACUUCCAGCUACACACUCCACCCCCCCCUCCAAGCCCGACGCCAGCACAGCACCAACCCCACCCCCUGCCUCCAUCACCACCUCAUCUGCCCAGGCCAAGCUCCCCAGCCUGGUCGCCCCCACCCGCAACUCCACGGCGGCCGCGCUCACCGUGGUCUCCUGGACGCAGUUCAACGUGGUGGUGCUGGCCGUCAUCAUCGCCGUGGUGGUGCUCCUCAUGGGCUUCGUGGCCGGCGUCUACACCUACCGCGAGUACCGCAACCGCAAGCUGAACGCGCCCUUCUGGACCAUCGAGCUCAAGGAGGACAACAUCAGCUUCAGCAGCUACCACGACAGCAUCCCCAACGCUGACCCCGCGGGGCUCCUGGAGGAGGAGCCGUGCCCGGUCGCGCCCAACGGUCAACUCGCGCUCACCACCACCACGCCGAACAUGUACACCAAGGCAUGAGGAAGCAG